AUAAGAGAUAUGCUAAGCUUGAAGAAUUAGUUAAAGUUCCAAGUGAAGUUAGAGAACAAGCAGAAUUCUUACAGCGUGAAGUUAAACAACUUUAUAAGGAAAUUAAAACAAUUGAAUGUAAUAUUGUUUUGAAAAAAGCCGAAACUAAAGUUUUCGUUUGGUUCGAAAGAAAUAAUGAAAUUGUCGAGAAACAAUAUAUUAAUGAAUUGGAGAAAUCCCAAGAUGAUGCCGUUAGAAUGAUGUGGAAUGAUAUUAAUAAGAAGAAAUUGGAAGGUGAAAAGAAAUUUAAAACAUCCCGAGAGUUGAUGAAGUCUGGUGCGAGAAAGAUUCGAGAAAGUAUCAAAAAAGAAAUUGCAGAAAUAGAUUUGAUGAUUCAAAGCCAAAACCAGCUUUAUUCUUUCUAUGAACAACAAUCGAUGACCUUGUGGUAA